CACCUCUGAUCGACCGUCACCCAUCCACACCCACCAUGACGGCACAUUGGAAAGACCGUCUGCCGUCUUGGCUUCGAAACAUCCGUCUCAACUUUUACAGGUUGCAUCUCUGCUACUUCAUCUUCACCAUUCUUCUGUCCUCGAUUAUUGUCUAUGGCAGCACCACCAAUGGCAACUCGAGCAAUGCCCAGGAGCAGUUUGAUCUGCGAUACAUCGACGCUCUCUUCCUUUGCGCCAGUGCUAUGACCAACAGUGGUCUCAAUGUCGUGAACCUAGGCGCUAUAACUGGCUUCCAGCAGGCUGUGCUGUUCAUCCUCAUUCCUCUGGGCAAUGUCAUGGUUGUCUCCAUGUCUACUGUGUACAUUAGAAAGUACUUUUUCCGAAAGAAGAUUAGACACUUUCUUCAUCACUCUAAAGCUGGAAGGCAGGUUGCAAAGGACAUUGAACAGGACAGCUUCAAACAACAAGGUCAUCAUGAUCUCUCGCAACCACGCCAGACCAUCGAGGCUUCUUCGAGUAGAGUCCCAAAGGAUCACGAGAUGACUGCUGAGCUACGAAACAGGAGGAUGCCAAAGAAAGAUACGAGUCCUCACCAUCUGACCCAUUUUGGAGGCUUUCCCUUCCCAUGGGAGAGUUCAGGCUUCCAGAAUCUCUUUCACGCACCGUUUCAGAAGCUGCAUCGCCCUCCUCAUGAAGAACCUCACAACUACCUGUCUUUCAAGCCUGCCUUAGACUCUAGAGGCCGCUUUCUGUCUUUGGACGCGCGACAGCGCGAAGAAUUGGGUGGUGUUGAGUACAAGGCUCUUCAUCUGCUAGGCUGGCUCCUUCCAGCAUAUCUUCUUUUCUGGUUUUGUCUGGGUGUUGUUAUACUGUUGACUCUUGUCGUAACAGGUGCUCUUAUCCUCGUUGGCAAUCAACUGUAUCCAGUAUUCUUACGGUUUGCGAUCUGGUGUUUGUUCAAGCUCGUACCGAAAGAUUCAGAACUCCACCAUACUUGCGCUUUCCUGCUGCAUCACCCACGCAGAUGUUUCAUCCUCCUGUUCCCCAGCAUCAAUACGUGGUAUUUGCUGGCUACUCAGUUGGGCAUCGACUUCUUCCUGUGGGCUUUCUUUGGUAUCCUGAAUCUUGGUCUUCCCGCUAUACAAAGCAUGAGUGCUGGACAGCAGACACUCGUGGGAUUGUUUCAAAGUCUGGGGGUCAGAGUUGGUGGUCUCUAUGCAGUCCUGAUCAGCAACACGGCACCAGCCUUACAGAUCCUCUACCUGGCAGGAAUGUACAUCUCUGCCUUCCCCAUUAUCAUAUCGUUACGUCAGACCAACAUCUAUGAGGAAAGGUCCCUUGGCAUUGAGAACGACAGCGAUGAAGAUGCAGAAAAGAAAGGCGAAAAGUCUUACAUAUCCGAGCACGUGCGAAAACAACUCGCGUAUGAUCUGUGGUGGCUUAUACUGGCAAUUUGGCUCAUAACAAUCAUCGAGCGCCAUGACAUUGUAGCUGGAGGCGACUACUUCACCAUCUGGGCUAUAAUUUUCGAAACAUCGAGUGCGUACGGCACAGUUGGUUUGUCUUUGGGCGUCCCGUACGACAACUAUUCGUUCAGUGGAACAUGGCACACACUGAGUAAAUUAAUUCUCAUAUGUGUCAUGAUUCGAGGAAGACAUCGAGGCUUGCCGUAUGCAAUUGACAGAGCAGUGCUGUUGCCGGGAGAGGAGUUGAUGGAGAAGAUGGACAUGGAGGUCAAUGGCAGAGGCAGCAAUAAAUACGGUGCUAAAUGGCAGGGAGAAGAACAGAGGGUCCGCAGAGAUCAAGAGGGAUCACAGGCUGAAAGCCAAGAAAGAGGACAAGACCCAGAAGGUCACGAUGUCAAGGGCACUGAGGAGGGACCUUCA